AUGUCUGAUAAUGAAGGCUAUUACGGAGUUACACAGAAGAGAAACAUAAGAAGGGUAAGACUCGGUGAUAACGAGUUUGAUACUUUGUACGGUAAUAGUGUUUAUUUCUUGGAGGGUCACCACGAUAUGUUAGGAUAUGAGGCAGUUAAUGCCCAUCAAAGAAUACAUCACAGGAAGCAUUCAGAGCCACAGAUAAAUGGGGACACAGAUUCAUACUGGCUAGAUACGCUCUAUGUUUGUGAUCUAUGUUUCAAGUACACCAGAGAUGAGGCAUUACUGAACAGUCAUCUGUCUGUUUGCAAGCACAACUACAGAUUUCCAGGAAAGACCAUGUAUAAGGAUAAUUUCACUAUCAAGAAGGUUAGUGGGUACAGGCAUACCAUCCUUUGUCAAAAUCUUUGUUUGUUUGCCAAGUUAUUCUUGGACAGUAAGUCAGUCUAUUUUUCCAUAGAAAACUUUGAUUUCUACGUGGUACUUGGGGAGUCUAAUGGACGUCGAGUGCCAAUGGGCUUUUUCAGCAAAGAGUUAUUGUCCUGGGAUGAGAACAAUUUAGCUUGCAUAUUGAUCUUUCCCCCUUUCCAAAGAAAGCGUUUGGGACACUUAUUGAUAGAGUUUUCAUACGAACUGUCUAGGUUCGAAGGAAAGGUUAGCGGACCUGAGUUCCCGCUAUCAGCAUUUGGAAAGAUAGGGUAUCUAAAAUACUGGUCCAAAGUCAUCUGCAGGGAAUUGCUAUAUGGCCGUUUUAGUGACUGUCAAUCCAUCACCUUGCAAAAGUUAUCAAAGUUCACAUGCAUAAGAGUUAAAGAUUUGAUAUCAACAUUAGAUUAUAUGGGAUCGUGGUUUACCACAUCUGACAUCGAGAACUCUAAAUCUCUUGAUCAGUAUCCACUGGCAAUAUCAAGGAGUGUUCUCAAACAAUGGAUAAAGGGAGAAAGUUCUAAUUGUCAAAAGUUGAUUCAAGAGGACAGCUUGGUGUUGUACUAA